AUGGCGCUGUCGACGGUCGCCAUGACGGAGGUCGAUGUCCGCGCGGGGCUGCUCGAGAAUGUGGUUUUGACGGGCGGGUCGAGCCUUUUCGGGGGGUUCGCGCGGCGGUUUUUGUCGGACACGCUGCGGGCGGUCCCGCGCGGGGGGAAAAUUCGUGUGGUGGCCCCCGCCGAGAGAGGCUACGCGGCGUGGUUGGGCGCGUCCUUUCUCUCACAGCUCUCAACCUUCACUUCAAUGCUCACAACGCGCGAGGAGUACUUCGAGCACGGCGAGGCGAUCCUCCAGUCGAGAUUAUUUGCCUAA